AUGGAGAAAAGCUCUACUAACCACGUGCACGAUGUUAUCAUUGUAGGUGCUGGUAUUUCUGGUAUCAAUGCAGCGCAUCAUGUACAGAGAAAACUUCCUGAUUCCGAGUAUCUACUUCUUGAGGGUCGUGAUAACAUUGGUGGGACGUGGGACCUGUUCCGCUAUCCUGGCAUCCGGUCGGAUACGGACUUGCAUACGUUUGGAUUCGGCUGGCAGCCCUGGCAAGAGGGUCGAGCCAUCGCAGAUGGUGAUGCUAUCGCCCAAUAUUUGCGCAACACGGCGGAAAGGGAUGGAAUAUACAGCCAUAUUCGGUUUCAACACCGCACCGUCGCGGCCAACUGGUCAUCGGAGCUGGAGCUCUGGACGUUGGAGGUCGAAACCAAGAGCGGCCGCGUUGAGCUACAUACCAGGUUCUUGAUACUAGGAACAGGCUAUUAUGACUACAACGAGCCCCUCCAGGCUGAAAUCCCGGGUCUGUCUGAUAACUUUCGUGGCACUAUCGUACAUCCACAGUUCUGGCCGAAAGAUCUCGACUACACUGGCAAGCGAGUGGUCAUCAUUGGCAGCGGCGCCACUGCAAUCACGCUGCUUCCCAACCUAGCCAAAAAAGCAAGCCAUGUGACGAUGCUACAGCGCAGCCCUACUUACAUCAUGUCCAUCGACAACGCGACAGGUGGCUCAUGGAUACACAAACUUCUGCCUCGGGCAUGGGCAUUCAAGCUGGAUCGCUGGAUGUUCAUGUGGAUGAUUAUUAUCCUGUAUAACUUCUGCAGACUCUUUCCUGAGCGCUCUCGGGCUGCUUUGGAAGGCGCGGUUGCAAAACAGCUCCCCAAGGGCGUUCCCAUGGAUCCUCAUUUCCGACCACUCUACAAGCCUUGGGACCAGCGUGUCUGCUUCACGCCCAAUGGUGACUUCUUCGAGAGCCUCCAAGGCGGAAGGGCGCAUGUGGAGACAGCUCACAUUAAAGCAAUGUCCUCGGACUCUAUACUUCUCGAUAAUGGAAAAGCCCUGGAAGCAGACAUGGUUGUCACCGCCACGGGCCUGAAAUUUUGCAUCGGUGGCCAUAUACACAUAACUAUAGAUGAUGAAGAGAUCAACCUCGCAGAUCGCUAUGCUUGGAACUCGGCAAUGCUACAAGAUGUACCGAAUUUGGCCUUUAUGAUGGGCUAUGUCAAUGCCUCUUGGACCCUGGGAGUCGAAACCAGCUGCCAGCUCGUCUGCCGCCUGCUAUUACACAUGCGGAAGAAGCAUUAUUCCAGCGUUAUUCCGCGUUUACCCAAGGGAUUUUCCAUGGAGCCCAGGCCGAUUUGGAACCUUGACGCCACGUAUGUGAAAAAAGCACAGGGCUUCAUUCCCCACUGCGGCAAUACUGGACCCUGGAGAGGACGCACUAAUUACUUCGUGGACCUGUGGAAAGCCCGAUAUGGCAGUAUCACCAAAGAUUUAGUCUUCCGAGCAGUGAAGCCGUAG